AUGUGUGAUUGCGAAAGCGAAAGGAAACCAGGCGUCCAGCAUGCCGCAGAUCUCCAGCAUCCAAUUGACAUGCAACCACGCAAGAAACAGUUACAGCUCGCGCUUACUGGUUUACCGAUCCGGAAACUUGGGCAAUUGGUGAGGUCGGCGGUUCCGAGUGGCUCGACAGAGGGGUUUGAGAAACAUUUUGAUUUGUCGAUUUGCUUGUGCGGGAGAAUUUCGCGAACCGCAGGCCAUCAUGAUGUGGAGUGGGACGGAGUUGGGACGGACUGCCUAAAAACAGCAUGUGAGAGAGCCGCCAGUCUUGGGAGCGGUCUUUCGCCUCGUGAUGGCGUACGUGGAAAAGUCAGUAAGAUUCCAGAAACAGCUCCUGGUCACCCCACGAAGAUAGUGUUAUGUUUAGGAAUAGAGGCGGAGUUUGGCUUGCUGUUGAUGAUCUCCUUCCAAGUCUUAGCGGGCUCUUAUCUUGACCUCAGAUUAUCAUUCUUUCCAUUCAACACAAUCAAAAACGAUCGAGAGGAGUCUCGAUACUUAGGAUCUUCGCUCUUCGAAUCUACCGAAAACACCUCCGCAAAUGCAACGAAGCCAAACCUAGCUGCAGUAGAUACACUAGUUGCAAUAUCGAGCGCAAUUAUGCACGUAAUUUACUUUUGGAGAAUGGUCCAUGACUUCCUCGAGCGCAGCAUCAGAUUUAACGUCGUCAGUCCCAGUUACGUCCAGUCACCUUUCAACCUCAGUUACACGUUCUUCGCCUUUGAGGACCAUCCAAGGGCACACGGAAGGCCAAGUCGAAGAAAUUCCACAACCGUCUCCAAGAUGAGCAAAGAGGGAAAGCCAAGUCCAGUAGCUGACUCUGAAGUGUACUUUGAUUCUGCGGCCGAGGAGUCUUGCCUUCUACCAAGAUAUAUGCUCUGUUCCAAGCCACUGGUGAGAGUAUUACCAAUACAUAUUGUACGAUAUCGGGUGUGGUCAGUUGGAAUCACGGCUAACAAAAUAAAAAUCCUCCGCUCUGUAUCUCUCAUCAUUCCGGCAUCCUACAGUGCUUGCAUUGUCGUCUCCAGUUCCCAUGUCCACAAUCCUGUCCCUUUCAACUACCUACAUGCACCUCCGACCUUGUGUUCUUUGUCGAAUCCAGAUUCACUCAGAAUUCGUGAUGAAACAUCGUGCCUUAAACGAAAUAUUCUAGCCACUACUCUUCUUCACAUAACCGUUGGAAUUGCUAAUGGAGGCAGAGAAGUCUGGUUACGAAACAGGAAAACCAACGUCAUCAAUAGGCACCGCUUUAGUUUAGCAAAUGACAUCUAUACGUCCCCCCCUUUUGUAAUAUCCUACCUAGCCAGAAUAUUCCAUCUCGCUGCCGAUCAAACCGACAGUGCUCAGUACUCCACGCUCAUGUCUCAAGUUCGUGAACUGGAACCGGACCUCGACAUAUCAGCUCGAAAACUAUUCACCAAUGACACAACGCUACCACCACCGCGACGACAUUCGAAAACGCUGGGGCAAUGCUUCUAUUGGAGGUCCGUUAUUCUCUUGCAACUCUGGGUUUUCGGUGACACCCUAAGGCCAGAUUCCUCUUAUCGCUUCCACUUUACAUUACUCUCCACGAGGCUAUUGAUCCACAACGUGCUCGAAUGCGGCUCCGAAGCUAACCGAGAGGCAAUGGCGGCUGCUUUCUAUGACAUGAAGGAGUUCACUAAUGAGUCAGCAAAGGGGAAAUUUCGUGGAGGACAGAGCACUCUUCAUCUGUUAAAAUGCUACCCAACAUCAAUGGCCAAGGUCACCGGGCGCUACAAUAUCGCCCGGCCUUUUCUGAAUUGCGAGGUCUUGUACACCGAUUUCAUUGUUGAGCCGAACCUACAUCGAUGUUUAGCUUCUAAAUCUUCGCAUUUAUGCUUGCGACAACGCAAGUUUGGAAGCUGUUACCGCGUCAAGGAUGGAUUACUCUCCAUUCUCGACUUCCUUACUACCAAUAUCGGGCUUCGGUUUCACGUUCCGGACUGUUUCUAUGUUCCAUAUCUUCAACUGGUAGCCUGUAAGGACAUCAGUCGCAGAAGAAGGUUAGAAAACAUGAUAACGAAGGUCGUGCUUCAUAACCGAGCAGCAAGAUUCGUAAUUGGACCUUGUAAAUUAUUAACAACAAGGUCCAUUGCAUUGCAUUCAAAUCUGUACAACGACUCAAUCAGUCUACCUCACAAUCUGACCGUUUACGCUCGCAUCGAAGGGAGUGGUUAUCAUAGCUCCGUUGCCGAGCCAGGUACCUAUUUGAAUGUUUUCUCCAGUGGAGAAAGACAAGCCUGUGAAAUUCCAGGGUCGGGAUUGUAUUCACUGGCUGGAUUCUCUGCAUACGCGCGAACCUCGAUGGAGUGGCAAUUUGGAGUACUUCUUUCGGCGUCCACAUACUUCGGCAUCAUACUGCAACAAAGUCCAGUGACACCAUGUUCAACUUGCAAUUUCGUGUUCAUCUCAGUGAAAAAAGCCAUUAAUUUCAAUAUCAACCGAAAACUCGACCACUUCUGGAUACUUGAGCGCAUACAGACUCGGCGACUCCCUGAGAACUUUCUGACGUCCCCUCUAGAUAGAGCACUCUCCUUCCCCGAACCAAAGCACAUCGCCUUGAUUUUCUCAUCUACUUCAAGCUGUUGUUGCAGCACUUCCCAGUUCUUCGGGAUUGCAACAAACACAAAACUCCAUGCCUCUCAAGCGGUAGCCUUCACUAUGACUAGAGAAUCUAGGCUUUCGGCUUCACAGGCUGCCUCACGGACGCCCGUAAUUGUGUCUAUUUCCAGGACAACAGAAACUUGUGCAUCGAUAGCAAGUUCUCUUGCUCUGUAUUUCAAACCAAGUUCUGUAAUUGUUUCUGGAGAUAGACCGACUAAUACAAUCCUUGAUUGUAAGAUCGUGCAGUAUCUUCCGCUGUCUAAAACCUUCUCCUAUAUUGCACUUUCGCUCAGCGGACGAAAUGCUGUCUGGAUUGGGCUAUCGCCGAUUUCACACUUAGCUUGCGUCGUGCUACUCCACUUUCCUCCCCAGACGGAAUUCCCUCCAAGUGAAGUGCGAGUGUCAUAUGUAUUUACGGUUUCAUUGUUUGGGAAAGUUGGUGGGAUGGUUGUUCUGAUUGAAUUCCUCGUCGUUGUCCUUACUGACUCUGACAAUGUUCAUGGACCUUCACUUUUCUACAAGGCACUUUCAACGUUUAAGGAUAUUGAUGACAAUGAAACUAAUGCUAUAACAUUCUCCCAGUCAUUGCAGAAACCCGCAAUUGCACGGGCAAAUGCACGGGCAAAUCCUACUUUAGCAGUUGUUGAGACGCUGAAUCGCAACCUGUUUAGAGUCGUUCUUAUGGGGUUAGCAUAUAUCGCCAACGGCCUCGGUUCUAGUCAAGCCAUUGCAACCAUGUCAAGGAUCCAAUACCACCUUGGAUUUCAUAUGAUGAGUCUUGCUGCUUUUGGCAUGUAUGGGGGUUGCUUUGUAGUUAUUUUGAUUGUCUGUGCUGUGUCAGAAUCUGAGAUUCAGGUGUGUACUGGGCUGGGUGGUAUUGCUAUGCGAGUUAUGCUGCCGGCGAUAUUGACGACGUUUCCUCGGAUGCCAAAUAUCUUUCCUGAGAGCUUGAACAUCACAACGAAAGACUUCAUCAGCACAAUGAUCCACUGCUUCAUCUUCGCAAUAGCUGCAAACGGAGGCGCAGAGAAUCUAGUCGCACUAACGCUUGAAUUCGGCGCCAGGUAUGUCCCCUCAUUCUGUCCCCUCUUCCAAAACUCCUCUGCAAACCUGAAGACUGGCGCAUUCCGUCUCAUCCAAGCUAUUUGCACCGUGAUUCUGACGGGGCUCGAUACUCCAAAACGCCAUCAGCUGCGCGACGAGGGAUCUGGAUUGGAUUGCGACAAGGUCGAUGUACGGCGAGAUCACUUGGCAGCGCAUGACUCUUUGAGGGUACGUUAUUUGCGGGAUUGGACGCAAAAAGGCAGAGUGAAACGAUGUGACGGAUUAGCCACCGGGAUAGAUCUAGCGUCCACCAUCCCUGAAUUCAUCGACGUUAGGCGUGGAAGUCUCAUACUCGCUAUCAUAGCAAUAUCCCAAUGUCUCAUAGAGCUUAGCCCAUGGGGAUCUUUAUCUCGCUGCCCAUUGGCGUCUACAAUGCUAAUUACUGCCUCAUUCGCCAUCGCCGAUAGAGUCGGUAUGUUGGUUCUGGUACGGCUUUCAUUGAAAGGCUUUUUUGAUGUAGUUCUGGUUAAUACGUACUUGCAUUCCGUUCCAUGCCCCGACCAUUCUGUUCCAUUUGCUUGUUUCAGGCUUCGCGAGCGCCAUAAACCUUUUUUUAAUCGGGUCUUACCUGUAUUUCCUCUUCUCAUAGAUUCUGAUGUAUUUCUAGGUCCUUGUGGUGGGUUCAUGAUUUAUAACAUCACCUACUACCUUUUUCCCGUGCUAUGGGGCGGCCUUCCACCCCAGAACCAUGCCUUAGCUGAGGAUGUAUAUCCAGGUCGAUCCAGAGGUCAAGACACCUUUCAGAUCCCACAUGUCACCUGCAUUUUAACUUUUGAGGCGGCUAAUAAGGUUCUGAAGCAGUGUGGCUGGGUUCCGAAAGGGGCUGAGACGAUUCUGACAGCGCGUAAAAAAGUCUCAUACACGUGGCGUGUGCUCAACCCGCAAAGACACUUCCGUCUUUUCACGCGUUCAUAUACAGAGAAGAAGGGAAAACGGCGCGUCGAUUUAUCCAAAAUAAGGUUGUUCGCUAUGAGCUUUGAGCUCGAUCUUUCCAAUCUUCUUCUACAAGGUAUCAUCAAAGCGUACCGAAAACGACGAAAGCCAGCCAGGCAACUCCAAAUAUGCAUGCUGAAGGAGAGGAAAGGGAAUGGUGAUGCUGGGACAAAAGAAACAGGGUGCGCAAUGCUUUGGGAGUAACGCCACACCAAAAUUAUAUACUGUACUACUGAAAUUGAAAUCCCAAAUGUGACCCGGGGUAUCAUGCAACAACGUAAAGCAAUAAUCGUACAGGGUCGAACGGUUAAAGAGACAGAAACGAAUUUUAUGCCAGACGGCCGUUCAUCGCACCGCUCAGCUGAGCUUUCUCGUCGCCUUUUAUUAUCGAUGUUUGUUUGGCGGAUUGGACGGCAGUGACGGCGAGGGUGGUAAGGGUUAGCACUUCGGAAGAGGCAGCGCCAAUAGCGAUAUAGAAUGCGACGCCCUGAGAAUGGGUUAGCACAUGUCUGCACGGGGUGUGGCUGACGGGGCGGGUCUACCUGUUCUGAGCAGACGGUGCGAUACUGGUACCUCCCGUUGCUC